AUGGCCUGCGACCUACCCUCCACCAAGCAAACGCCUACGUUGGAUGUCGCCAUCGCAGAAUCAUUGCCAGGCAAACUGAAACUUUCCGAUGAUCCCGCAUUGCGAUUCAGUUCCGAAGACCGAGGGGACUAUAUUUGUCUGUUCGUGCUGGGAUGGCCGUAUAUUCUGUCUGUCCGCCUGAUCGAACUGCGUGGAAAGGAUUCGGAUGAUCGAGUCUCAUACACUGGAAAUCUUGUCGAAAACUGUGUGAAUGGCAAGAAGUCUAAGAGUACUCGAGCUGCGAUUGAGCUAAAUAUUGGCACUCAAGAUUAUGCAGAGCGCCUAUGGUGGACUUCAGUUCUUGCUGACUGGCAGACAAUACUUACCCGCAACGGCAGGGAGUAUCGUCCAAUAUGGGAGUUCCAUCUUCAGGAUACUUACUUCAUUCUCGCGCACGGUGUAGGCCUUCCACGCCCUGCGUGCCAGUCUCAACCCCCAACGUCCGAGGAAGCCCAGGAAUAUCUGUCCAACUUUGCACGGCUCAAUGACAUCUUUAACCAGCUCAUAAUUGGUCUAGCUUCUGUUAUGACCCUUCCGUCAUGCAAUAGGUGGGGAAAUCUUGCAAAGUAUCUUCCGAUGCUGAUGGAACCCACCAAAUCCUGUGUCUCUGGAAUCCCUCAUUUGAUAGCGCUCUCUUCUUUUCCAACAUAUAUCAGUUCAGGCUUGGCAAAUAGCUUCUGGGAGAAAGAUAUUCCCUGUAAUCUAGUCAGCGAGUGGCUCAACCCUGUCUUGAAGGAUAUAACCCCACUUCUGUUGCAGCAGAAAGACUACAAAGCAAUCAUUUGCGCUAUGUCUGAACGCAGACCGACAUUGGCGCCCCUUUGGAUGGGAUCGGCUGCCACGGGAACCCUACCGAGGGUGCUCAUUGAAGCAAAAGAAUUGACCCGGGUGUCGCCAGAACCAAUUGUUUGGACUGGAUCCUCACAAUGCUUCAUGGACCCACAAUUUUUCAGAAGUGUGCCUGUCCAGCGCGGCCCCGAUGGAAAAGAGAUGAUUCCCAGGGAGGAUGAAUUCCCACUACUCUAUUUACUCGAUACUGAGAGGGAAAAAGUCUUUAGAUCUCCCCCGGUGGUUCCAUCUCCUCCACUCGACCUAACGAGCGUUGAAAGUUGUUCCAUUAUGGAUCAGACGGUAUGUGAUACGGGGAUCUCUAAUGGAGGCCAGGGAGUAUCAACACAUCCAUCAGUCUUCGCAAUUUCGACAUCUUUCCCUAGGACAAAUGGGCUUCCAAGUGACCCAGAAUUCGAUAAAAGUCUGUCUCAGAACGCGACUUCGAAUGUCUUUGCGUGGCCGUGCCACACCGAGGGAACGAAGCCCGAAGAUAGGGCCCUUUGGAAGCAUGAAUGGCUCUCCUGGUUCCUCGAGGAUGAGGACUAA